AUGGUGGUUUUGAUUUCAAGUGCAGUGAAAAUUUCCAGAAUAAACCUUAAAGACGGAAGCUUUCGUGUGAACCGGUUAAUACCCAAACCGGAAGUACAAUUUUUCUCAGGGUUUAGUGAGACGAAGAGGAAGAAGACAUGUGCAGUUUCGGUUAAGUGUUUAGCUGUGAAGAAAGAGCGAGUUGUUGAAAGCGUGGAGAGAGUUAAAGGAACAAUCUUUCCCAAGAAAGGAAUCAUGAGUGAAGGUAGAGAUGAAGAUGAGGAGUAUGGGAAGCUUCUUUGUCCAGGUUGUGGUAUUUUUAUGCAGGAUAAUGAUUCUGACUUGCCAGGGUAUUAUCAGAAGAGAAAAGUCGUUAUAAAGAGCUUAAAAGAUGUGUCUGAAGAUGAGCUUGAGGGGUUUGAAAUGGUUGAAGAUGAUGAUGAUGAGGAGGAGGAGGAUGUGGAUGAUGGUGAUGACAUCACAAAUGUAUUAGAGUCUGAAAGUGAAGAUGAGUUUGAUUGGGAAUCAAAUGAAUGGGAAGAGAAGGAAAAAGGAAACUCUGUUGAGCUUGAUGGUUUUGCUCCAGCUGGUGUUGGAUAUGGUAAUGUAACAGAGGAGAUGAUGGAGAAGAAGCGUGUUUCGAAAUCAGAGAGGAAGAAGUUAGCUAGAGAGGAAGCCAAGAAAGAGAAGGAUAAUGCUGAUGAUGUGACUGUAUGUGCUCGUUGCCAUUCUCUAAGAAACUACGGCCAAGUGAAAAACCAAGCUGCUGAGAAUCUCUUACCUGAUUUCGAUUUCGAUAGAAUGAUCUCAACUAGACUUAUAAAACCAAUGAGCAGAAACUCAAGCACUACUGUUGUAGUCAUGGUUGUUGAUUGUGUGGACUUUGAUGGUUCUUUCCCCAAACGAGCAGCGAACUCUUUGUUCAAGGCUCUUCAGAAGGCUGAGAAUGAUCCUAAAGUAGGCAAGAACCUACCAAAGCUGGUCCUUGUUGCAACGAAAGUAGACUUACUCCCAUCACAGAUUUCACCAGCUCGGUUAGACCGAUGGGUUCGCCACCGUGCCAAGGCAGGAGGAGCGCCUAAGCUGAGUGGUGUGUAUAUGGUUAGUGCUAGGAAAGAUCUUGGUAUCAAGAAUCUAUUGGCUUACAUCAAGGAGUUGGCUGGUCCUAGAGGCAACGUGUGGGUUAUUGGAGCUCAAAAUGCAGGGAAGUCUACUUUGAUUAAUGCAUUUUCCAAGAAAGAUGGUGCAAAGGUCACAAGGCUCACGGAGGCUCCGGUUCCUGGAACAACUCUUGGGAUAUUGAGAAUUGGUGGAGUGUUGUCUGCAAAGGCGAAGAUGUAUGAUACUCCUGGUCUUUUGCAUCCUUACAUUAUGUCUCUUAGAUUGAACUCAGAGGAGCGGAAGAUGGUGGAGAUUAGGAAGGAGCUUCAACCUCGGUCUUACAGAGUCAAGGCAGGACAGUCUGUUCACAUUGGUGGCCUGGUCAGGCUAGACCUCGUUAGUGCUUCCGUUGAAACAAUAUACAUAACAGUAUGGGCAUCACAUAGUGUAUCACUGCAUCUAGGAAAAACAGAAAACUCCGAAGAAAUACUCAACUCCCAUUCCGGUUUACGCUUGCAGCCACCAAUAGGAGAGAAGAGAGCGUCUGAAUUGGGAAACUGGGAAGAGAAGGAGAUUAAAGUGUCAGGAAGUAGCUGGGAGGUGAAAAGCAUUGACGUUGCAGUAGCUGGUCUUGGCUGGUUUUCACUUGGUCUCAAAGGUGAAGCAACAUUAGCAUUGUGGACUUACCAAGGGAUUGAUGUGACCUUGAGAGAACCAUUGGUUAUUGACAGAGCACCGUUUCUUGAACGGCCUGGCUUCUGGUUGCCGAAGGCCAUCACAGAAGCGCUUGGUACUUAUUCUAGUAAGCUUGAUGAUGCUCGUAGGAGGAAGAAGCAACAAGACAGCACUGAUUUUCUCUCUGAUGUGUAAGAAGAUCUAGUGCUUGUUACAAGUUACAGAUUAGCUUACAUCAGUGUAGUAGUCACCAUGGAAAUAAAAUUUUCGCUCUUCAUUCUUUUGAAAUCAAGUUCACAUUUUGGAUUUGUGGCUAUCUUAAAAGUAUGUUCAAAUCAUUCUAGAAGGCUAGAAGUUCAAACUUGAAUCUGAGAUUGUUUAUAGAAAUACUUAAAAAAGGGAGAAAAAUAGUAUGCUCCCUUAAUUUCAGAAUGUUCUGUUUUUUUUUUAAUAA